CCAAACAUGUCUCACUAGUGAGCUUUCACUAUUGCUAAGGUAAGUUGAUAUGAGCUCAGUUGAAUACCCACUAUGACACGUGCUGUGCGUAGGCCCAGACCCAUCACUGCUGCUGCACUUGAUCAAGACACUGAGCAGCACUGGACAUUUUUUUCUGGCAGAGCAUUGCAUGGGGUUAUGAGAUGGGCAUACCACCUUUUUGUGUUUUGGAGCAUCCAAAAUUGAAGACUUCAGAAUGAGACCUCAACCUAUUUCACAUUUUACAUAAAAAUGUCAACGGAAUUUUAUUUCUUUAAAAGAGCAGAGCAGAAUAGACUGGAAGAUAAUACAUUUUUGCCAUUGUGGGAACUUGUAGAGUCCUGGACUCAAAAUGACUGGAUGGCAAUCUUUUUUAUAAUUUUCCUAGGAAUUAUUUUUGAGAUAAUACUCGUAAAGAUUUAUACAUCCUUUCAUAAGAAAGCUGUACUUCCAGAAAAAGGUAGUUCAGGGGCCCAGGAGAAGGAAGACUGUUGCCUGAAAAGCAUGAAAUUUGAUAACUGGUCAAUUCGUUCAUCUUCACCUUCGGAAGAAAGGAUCAGUUCAUUUACCUUAAAUCUAGAAGAGAGUUCUUGUUUGAAAUAUGUCUUAAAUGACAACUCAUUUACAAACUGUUUUCUAUUAUUCAGAGUUGAUGAGUUUUCAGUAAGAACAAUUACUUCAUCACUUAAAGCUGAAGACAAGGAAGGUAACUUUGAAGAUAGAGUUUCACCAACAGAUGAAGUAAUAUGGUCAGGUACUAGUGAAAGUAAAUAUCAAGUAAGUUACUCUAGUGAAAGUCGUAUGCCAUCUUCACAUGGGACUAGCUCAUCUUUGUCACUGUUUCAUUCAGAAGUAAAGGAAUUUUUUCUUAGCCAUAGAGGAUAUGAAAAUGAACAUGAAACAGCACAAUUUUCAUCAAGGAAAUUAUUUGCAAUAUUGAAAACCAACAAAAAUAAAAAUCCAGCAUUUUCUUCUGACUUUAACUUUUCAAGACGCUCUAGCAUCUCUAGAGGAAGUGAAGGUCUAGAUAUGGCACCAUGUCCUCCUGCCCACUUAUUUCUUUCCAGAGACCAAGUCAGACUUCUGGAAGAAACUGUGAGAAAUCAAAUUCCUUUAAAACCCAAAACUAUAUUAGAGAGUAAAACUACUUAUCCAUACUCAAGACCUCAAGAGUCCUUGAUUCAAAAUCAACAUUCUUUUGGAAUGCAUAUUCCUACCCAAGCACAAGAUUCUUUUCCAGUACAAAAUGCUAUUCAGAAUCAAGGUUUUCAUGAAGCCAGAUUUACUAGCCAAGCCCAACAAUUUGGUAACAACCAAGAAUCAGUCAACAGCCAGCCUGAUAUCAUGGCCAGGUAUUUUGCUCUGCCCCAAGAUUUGAUUAGGAAGCCGUUUUCCAGCAGCACACAAGACUCCUUCCAGACCCAAGUUAUGGGCAGAAGCCAACAUUUGGUUAAUGUCCCACAUUCUGUUGAGACUCAACAUUCAAUCAAGGGCUUAGAGUCUGAUAAUAAACACUUACAUGAGACCCAAUAUUCUCCUGUUUGGUUUGAAGAUUCAAACCAGAUUAAACAUUUAACGCAGGGGCAAAAUGCUAUUUUUAAGAAUGCCAGAUUUCUAGUUUUAACUGUAAGUCCAAAUUCAUUUGCAGAAGGGAUGCUCCAAAUAAGGAGUGUAAAGCCAGAGGGCCAGAAACAAAUUGCUUCUUCAGAAUUAAACCAGUAUUCUGUAGAUAGCUCAGUGCCUCUUUCACUUACCUUUAAAAGGCAGAAAAACUGGAGAAAAGCAUUACACGGUAAAAGUAAACUUAGUCGCAAAGUUUCAUCUCAAAAGUCGAAGAAACCACCAACUCCAUGGGUAUUUCAAAUGACAGUAUGCCACACUUCAAAACCUGUCAAGUUAGGAUGCAAGUAUAAUGCUAAGAAGAAAGAAUUACAUCCAAGGAAAGGUGUAUCAGAUAUAGCUUUGCAUCUUCUUUACUUUUCCAAGCUUGUUCCUCCUUAUAUCAAGAGGUAUUCCAGAAAAAAACUAGUAGAAGUCAUGCCAGGUGUAACAGGACGUAGACAUUCUCUGCUGAAGCAAAACAAGUCACUAGAUGCGGAGAAUGUCAGUUGUGUGGGGUCUGUUGAGAAAAGAGGAACCUCAGGCAAUGCUAAAAAUGUAAAGCAGCAUGGCAGAGAAAAUGAAGGACAAAAAAACAUCUCAGCAAAACUUCCAUCCUGGCUAGAAGAGUCUUUCAUGGUCAAUACUUUUCCAUUAAAAGCACCUUGUUCUUUAUUAAUAGAAAAAAACUGGAAGAAUAAACAGUCUCUUAAAGACCCAAUUACACAAGAAAAAGAAAUUGGUAUUGCAGAGUUCCAUGCCCCCAAUAGUAAAAAAACAUCUGACCUGCAUAUUCCAAAGCAUGAGGCACCUUUAGAAGAAGCUAUAUCAGAACCUUGGCAAAAAUUUGCUUCCUCUCCUGAAAUGGAAUCAAACAGAAGAAUGAAAACACAGGAAGACCUAAAAAGUACAGAGAAUUCCCAUCUUCCACUUUCAAAUGGAGAGGAGUUACCAACUAAUUCGCCAGAAACACAAAGGUGCUUUCCAAACAGAAAUAUACAAAAGGAAAAAGAUUUCCUGGAAAUUGUUCUGGAGACUUCAGAGGUCAAUUUGCUCAUUUCACUAGGAAUUAAAGAGCAUAAAAACAGUGAGCAAGUAGCAAGUGUAAAAACUCAAGAGAGUACAGAAGAUACAGUUAUGAAGGAAAAGAAACCAUUAAUCCUUCAUGUGACAGAAUGUGAUGACCCAAGUGAAAGUGAGAGACUGCAAUGUAACACGAGAAGCAACAUAAAUAUGCAAGAUAAAAGAAUAUUUGCAACGUUUCACAAUGCCACUGACACUACCAUUUCUGGGCCGCCUGAUAUGGAAAUGCAGAGCAGAUUAAAAGCCAAGACAGAUACAUCGACAACAGGGUUUAGUUAUUCAGUGGUAGAGCAAGAGAAAUUACCAGAUGAAAAGAAAGCAUCGGAUGCAAAAUACAUUGAGGAGAGAUGUAUUAAAAAGCCACAAGAACAUGACAGAGAGGAAGAGGAACCAACUUUACAAGAAGCAGUUCCACAGCUGAAACAAGAUUUCAGGGUCGGCCUGCAACUAAGGCAGAAGCCUAAAUAUGUCAGAUUUGAAAUUAAACAGAGCAGUUCAGGUAGUAGAAAAAACCCAAAUAAAGAGCAAGAGGUACAACCACAAACUCUUUCUACAGAAACAAUUGUGGGGACUGGUCCAUGCCCCACAAUGGAUCCAUUUCAAGUUCAGGUAAAGCAAAUCACGGACAGACCUACAGGCAGAGAGACUACAGAUGCGAAGAAUCCUCGUACAGUGCUAGAGAACUCACCAGUGGGUGGUGUUUUAACUGAUACAACAGAAUGUGAUGUCCCAUUUGGUGGAAGCCCCAGAAAGAUACCAGAUGAUCAUAUUGCGGAGGAAAAGGAAGACUUAAAACGAGUUUUCCCUGCAGCUGCCCUGGGGUUGUUCAUCAUCCGCACACUUCCUUUAUCGUCUUUCAAAAGGCAGAAAAUCAGAAGAAAAUGGUCAGGAGCAAAAACGGUACUCGGUCCCAAACUUGUCAUUAUGAAAGUAAAGAAGCCAGCAAAUUUACUGAUGCCUACUAUCAGUAGGAAUGGUAUACCAAGUCUUAGGAGAAGAUUGAGAGGCAAUUUUAAGAUCAUAACUAAACAGAUACUGCAAGAUAAAAUUGUGUCUGAUGUGCUUGUGAAUGUUACUUACCCCCACAUGUCUACUGUGCCUCGUAUUAGAACGCACAGCAGAUUCAAUGCGGAGAAUCCCAGCCAUACCAAGCCAAACCAAGAGGAAUCAGAGGAUGAAAGGGAAGAAAAGCAUUCCAAUUUUAUUAAUAAAGGAAAUGACUCUGGAAACACACUAGAAGAAGCUAAAUUGCAAGAUGAAGUGAGAGGGGACGAAGCAGCUCGACCAGAAGCAGUCCUUCAUGGUCCCUGGCACCUCAGAUUGAAUGCAAAUCCCGAGAAGGAGUUCAAAACAGAGGAAGAAAUGCCUCAACCAGUUACAUCCAGAGAAAGUCUUGUGGAGUCUGUUGACACCCCAAUAAUGGAUCUAUUUCAUGUUGAGAAUAUGAAGAAAAGCCUAGCAACACAAGCAGACUUAAAACGCACUGCAGAUGCGGAGAUACCUCUUCCGACAUCAGGAAAAUCAGUGAUUGGAGACCCUUUAAACCAAACAAGAGAAAGUGAUGUUUUAGAUUAUGGAAAGGAUACAAGGGAAAUGGGUUACUUUUUUGCAGACACAAAGGCAGAACUACCAAAAGAUUUACCAGCAAUGUAUUCAGAGACUUUUAAUUGCCACAUGCCUGUUUUAACUCACUCAAAAGUGAAUAAAAACAGAGUACGAUUCUCACACACAGAAUGUCCAGUGAAGCCCAAGUCAGUACCAACGAAUACAGUGAAGCCGUCAGUUUCACAAGUAUUUAAUAGAACAGGUCAUAGAAAGAAAUUGGACUCUGAGGCGAAGGCCAAGUUGGAGAAGAUCAACCAAGCUAAUGGAUUGGUAUAUGACUUUAUAAGUAGCCUUUUUUCUCCUAUGCAUAGCAGAUUACAAGGAGAGACAAACAGCUUCUGUCACGCUCAGUUAAAGCAAGGGCAAUUAGCAGAGGAAGUGAGACCACGGUAUGUUGAUUUCUUUGAUAAGUGUAGUGCAUUCCAUGACCAAGAAGAAAAAGUGAAAGACGGAGAGGAAGUGGAGCAGAAAACAUUGCUAGAGGCAGCUUCGCAGCAUACCCAGCAUCUCUGGCCCGAUGCAUGUCAAGGGAAGGAGACCCACCUUGACGAACAGUACACAGCACUGAGCAGUUUAACACAGGAGCAAGAUGCUCAGCACCAAACAUGGUUUGCACAAACUGCCUUGCAGACUAGCCUCCAGAUGGCUCCUAGAGAAGGCGAGGAACUCGAGAAACCCAGCCAAACAGAACAUGCCAUAACAGCCCCUAUGGGUGCCGAGAGUCCACCUCCCAAAGCAGAGAACUCAUCAUUUGAUAACAUUUUCAACACCAUGACAGAGUGUGACUUACCAUCUGGUGGAAACCCGAAAAGGGUAGUAGAUUCUCACUUUGUGGAAAACAAUUCAGAGUUACCAAAAGAUUUGCAAGUGACAUGCCUGCAUUCUUCUGGUUCUGUUGAGCCCUUUGUUUCUAAAUCUGAAAGAAAGGAAAACACAUUAGAAUUAGCAAGGAAGCAAAUAACAGCAAAUCACAGAUAUAGAACUAUUAGGGGAAAAAAGCCAUCAGCUUCACAUAUGCUUAAUGGCACGCAGAGCAAGGGACUGCAGUGCAAUUUUAAAACAAAAAUGAAAAAGCCACAACAAAAUAAAAACGCAGCAGAUGCAUUUCUCAAUAUCAUUCAGUCCCGGGUGCCUAUUUUGCCCAACACCAAAAUGAGUAGCGGAUUAAAUGUAGAGACAGAUAUGCAGAGGGUAACAGGACUUGAUUAUAUGCAGCUAAUGCAAGAGAAAUUGCUAAAUGGAGGAAAAGUAUGUUGCCCGGAUCAUAUCGUGAGUACCUUAUCUAACAGUAUGAAAGAUGGGAAAGAGAAGGAAGGAAAACAUGAAGUGUCACCAGCUCCAGAGAAUAGCCAAAGCUUCAUAUUCAAUGCGUAUCAGAAGGAGAAUUUUGAUCUUGUCCAAUCAGAUGAGGAGCUGAAACAACCACGAAGUCGAAAUCUUCAGGUACAACCACAAAUGCAUGGUACACAAACUGUUUUAAGUUAUGCUUCAUGCCCCAUACUGGAUCAGCUUCAAUUUGGAGAGCUAGAGAGUUACACUGGGUUUUCACCUCCUAAGUCAGAGGAAGUGAAGAAUGAUGAGAUCAUUUUUUCUGCAAGAGAACAUGGUGUCCCAUCUGACGCAAAUCACCAAAAGGAACAGGCUGGUGGUGUUGAAAAGAAAGACACAGUGACUUUUGAUUCCUGCCUACCUGCUUUAUCUACACCCCAGAGAAACUUCAAAUAUUCAGACAAGAAAACCUCAGUGAAUACCAAAUAUGGACUUUUAAAGGCAAAGAAACUGUCAGUUUCAAACAUAUUCAAUAUCAAGAGUGCUGUUAGCCCAAACCAUAGAAAAGAAUUGGGAUGUAACCCUAUAACCAAAAUGAAAGAGGUGCAUCACAGAGAAAAAAUGGCAGCUAAAAUGUAUUCUUUCAUGACUAUUACCCCUGACAUUAAUACGUAUAACAAGAUAGAAAGAGAAAAAGAUAUGUUAGGAGAAAGAAGUCUCAGGGCUAAACAAGUAAAGCAAGCAACAUCACCAGUGGAAGGGAAUAUUACUUCAGAUGACACCAAAGAAAACAGUGUUCAAGAUGAGGAGGAAGAAACCGGUGACCAGGAGAUAUUAAAAGUAAUUUCACAGCACAGCACACAUUUCAAAUUCUGUUCAGGCCAGAGGGAGGAGCUUGACCUUCAUCAAUCAGAAAACCAAGGAAGUGGGAAAAUUCUCUUUGUUAUAGAACAAGACAUCCCACAACAAAUGCAGCCUACAGAUUCCAUGCUGGGAGAGAAGCCAAAGAAAAGCCACCAUCCACAAAAUGGUGCAAUAUAUAUAGCAAGUUCAAAGCUUCCUCCUCUAAAGUCAAAGGACUCACUAAUUGGUCAAGUUUUAGUGGAUACAGUGAAGGGUGGUGUCCCAAGUGUUGGGAGCCAUAUGGGGGAACUGUACCAUCAUGGUAAAGAGGAAAAUGCAGAGUUUAAAAAAAAUCUAGAAGCAACUGUCCUGGAGUAUUCGGAGGUCUCCACGCCUGAUCUGUCUGAACCGAAAAAGCAGAGAAAGACAUUUACAUGUAGAGCCUUAAAAAAUCAAAUGAGUCCCAAAUGUGUAAUUAUGAAGGCAAGGAAAACGCCAAUUUCAACAAUAUUUAGUAUCUCAGGGAAUGGUUGUCUAAAAAACUUACCUCCAAAGACCCUGAAAUCACAGAACAUUGACUUUUUAAUUCAUACAAAGUGCUCUGGGGUACCGGAAGAUCUUAUUGCAGAGAAAAAAGAAGGAUUAGCACAAGAAUUUCCAGCAACGAUUCUCGAGUCUUUGGAUUUAUCCACACUUGCUUUACCUGCAUUGAAAAGAAGGAGAAACCAUUUAAAAUAUACAGAGAAGAGAAAGAAAAUGAGUCUCAAAUGGGUAACUUUGAAGACAAAAAAGCCACCAAUUUCCCAGACACUUCACAUCACAAAACGUGGUAUUCCAAGCCAUAGAAGGCCAUUCAAAUGCAACUUCAGUAUCAUGAUGAAACAAGGUAAACCCGUGGCAGACAAAACCCUAAAUGCCAUCUCCUCUCCCAUGCCUGUUUCACUUGACGUGAAAAUGCAUAACAGAAUAAAAGCAGAGUCAGAUGUGUUGUGGACAAUGAGAUUUAGUCACGAACGGCAACAGCAAGAGCUGUCACCAGAUGGAGAGAGAGCCAGCGGGGCCUUUUCCAGUGACAAGAGGGGCCGUGCCUCCAGGGGCAUGAAGGAGGUCAAAGGCCAACGUGAAGAAGCAGCCCCACGGAGUUCUCAGCACUUCAGUUCCAUCACUGGUAAAACGGAGGAGCCUCGCUGUGUCAGAUCAGAACUAGAACUGGAGAAUUCAGCAAGGAAAAAAAUCCCAGAACCACUUAACACAGCUCAGGAGCAGCAGCAACAAACACUUUUCACACAAAGCGUGUUGCAUUGUGUUUCCUGCACUAUCUUGAAUUCACUUCCAGUUGAGAAGCUACCAAAAAGAACGAAAGCACAGAAAGGCUUGCAAUAUGCAGAGAGCCCAAGGCUUUUAUCUCCGGAGCUAGGGAAAUCUGUUCGUGAAUCUUUAAUUAUUACAACACAGAGUGACAUCCCAUCUGAAAGAGGCCCUAGAAAGGAACUUGCUAGAUCUACUCCAGAAGGGAAGAGAAGAUUGCAAAAGGAGUUACAAGGGAGAACCUUGAAGUUUUUGGAUUUCACCACUCCAGCUUCAUCUGAUUUUAGAGGGUGGAGAAAGACACCACAAAUCCCCAAAUCUAGAACGGGGAAAGCACAGAUGGCAUCAAUUUUAAAGACGAUCCACAUCGCUAGGUCUACAGCUCUUAGCCAUGGAAAGGAACAGGACUGCGUCUUGGAAAACAUGGCCCCAGAAAUAUCUCAAGUUAUGUCAGAUAUAUUUAUGAAUACCUACCUUUCACAUACACCCGUUUCACCUGCCAUCAAAACGCAUCAAAAAAUAAAAGCAAAGAAAGACCCAUUAAGGAAUAAAAGCAGUAUUUCACAGCUAGAACAACAUGAAGGGGAAAAACUGUGUCCAUAUUCCUCUAAUAAUGGGAGCAACUCAAGCAGCACAUCAGAAUCAAGAUGGCAAAGUGGGAAAGAAAGAGAGGGUUUUGGAGUUUUAUUUGAGGCAGGUCUACAUUUCCUGUGUAGUACAGGAAGGAGAAAAGAUCAAAAUAUGUUUAUUACAGAGCAGGAAGUACAGCGACAGACAGUGGUUUCAGAAAAUAAAUUGGAGUCUACUUGUCCUCCUCUGAUUCCACUUCACAUUCAAGAGCUGAGGAAGAACAUCCCACCACAAAAAGACAUACCACAUAGACUCGGUCAAAAGAUUCCAUGUCCAAAAUCAGGGACAGCACUGUUGGACUACUUUUCAACUGAUGGAGCAGAGUGUAGUGCCAAAUCUGAUGCGAGCUCUGCAAGGAAGCUGGAUGUUCACAUGGCAGUUUCCCUACGACCUGAAGACAAGGGGGAAGGCAUAAAAACUCACAAAGUAGUGAAGCACAGAGUUGAUCAAAAUAUUCCGCCUACCAAAUCGGGAAACUCAGUGCUUGGAGAUCCUGGUGAUGGAAGCUCUAGGAGGAAAAUGAGUGGUUGCAUUGCCAGAAAACAUAGAGAGUUGCAAAGAGAUUUACUAACAACGUCCACAACAUCCGUUUUCUCUGACUUUAUAAGGCAGGAAAAGGUAUUAAAGUCUCCAGGAAGGAAAAAUCUCACGGGUCCCAAAUGUGUAACCAUGAAGGCAAAGAAGCCGCUUUGUUCACAGAUGCUUCAUAUCACUGAGCAUGAUAAUCUCUACUGUAGAAAGGAACAGGACGGCAACUUAAAAUCUUCAAUAAAAGACAAGCAACAAAAUAAAAGUAUAGCUAAUGCAUUUUUGUCUCCCGCACCUGUUUCAGCUGAUAACAAAAUAGAUAUUGAAAUGAAGAGCACAUCAAAAGCAGAGACAGAUCAACUAAGAGUAAAUCUGCACAGCCAUAUCCCUGCAAAGCGAAGGAAAUCACCAUGUGAUAGGGAAGCAUGGAACCAGGCCAGCUCAACUAAUAUGCAAAACAGAUCAAGCAAGACAAUGAAAAAGAAUGUGCAACAUGAAAAGGAAGAGGAAAAUAUCCAAAGAAUGUUAUUGGAUUCAGUUCCACACUGUGGGCAACACCACCGCUUCAGCGCCGAUCAAAUGAAAAAUCCUGGUUCUUCCCAAUCAACAUCUGAACUGAAUAAUUCAGAAGUCAGAAGGACUUGGAAUUUGCCUUGGACAGCACAAAAGAUGGGACAAGAAGAAUGCUUUAGAGAAACCGUUUCGGAGCCUGUUUCUAGACACAUGAUGACUUUUCUUCAAGUUGAAACAGAGAAAAAAGGUCUUUCUACUCAAGAAGGAAUAAAAUGUAUGGAACGUGUAAAGACUCCAUUGCCAAAAGCAAGGAAAUCAGAGACCGCUUCAAUACAAGGUGGCACUCUAUGGGAUGGAAAUCCUAGGAGACAUUGGGAUAGUCCUAUCUCAGGGAAGAAGGCAUGGAAUCAAAAUGACUUAGUGAGAACAGUCUUAAAACCUUCAGAUUUUUCCAGCCUUGAUUCAUCUGUACCCAAAAGCCAGAGCUAUGCAUUGGAGUUUGUAAGCAAGAGAAGUAUAGUAAGUUCCAAGCAUGUAACUUUGAAGGCAAAGAAACGACCAAGUUCACAAUUGCUUAAUACCACAAAGUGUAUUACAGGAAGCCAUAGAAAGAAAAAGGGGUGCACAUUUCAGUACAAGAUGAAAGGGAGACAGUGGAUUGAAAGUGUUGUAGAGGCGUCACUCCCUGCUGCUGAGGGAACUGAGACUCCACCAUCCAAGAUAGUGACUGAUAAACACUCAUUCGAUACAAUAGCAAGGAGCACCAUAUAUAACAGAACACUUCACAAAAAUCUGCGUGGUCAUACUACAGAAGAAAAGGCAGAGUUAGGGGAAAACUCUGCCACAACUUUCUUGGGGCCUUUAGAUUUCUUCACACCUAUUUUAUCUGACCCUGAAAGCCAGAAAAACACAGUACAGUUAUUAGAAAAGAAAAUCACUUUGAAUAUCAACUGUUCAAUUAUGAAGAAAAAGGAGCCGGCAAUUUCACAAAUACUUAAGAUCAGAAGGCAGUUUACCACAAAAUACAGGAAUAAACCUGGAUCCAAUUUAAAAACGAAAAUGAAACAGAUGAGGCAGGAUAAAAAUGUGGCUAAUACAUUUCCAAAUACCAUUGACUUCACACCGGAUACCCCUGACCUUAGAAGGCAGAGCAGAUUGAAAACAGGGAUUGACAGAGGAUCACAGUUCCGUCACACACAGCCAACACAUAGAGAGCCGCCAACCGAAGGGCUAGUGAUUUCACAACCGCUUCAUGCUACCAGUCGUGCUGCUUUAAGCAAUAAUGAGCGACAGGAAAAGAAGAUAGGCACGAAGAGAGAGAAAACCGUAUUACGUGUGGACCUCAAAUCCGUAUAUGAUUCCAUGCCUAUUUUUUCACACAUAAAAAUGGAGCCAUCACCUAGUACCUGGGGUAUCUCUGAAGAGUCUUCUGAAAAGGGAAAUGCCCUAAACAAAGCAAAUGCUAGCUCUGCUUAUGCCUGCACACCUGUGUAUCUUCAAAUCGUAAAAGAUAAAGCUAUGGCAAAAACAGCAGAUGUGAAAAACAGUAUGCAUACCAAACGGGUCAAAUUGGAAGCAAAGAAGCUACCUGUUUCCCAGCUGUGUCAUACUAUAGGAUGUAGGACCAGAAGAAACAAAGAGGAACAGACAUGUAACAUGAAGAAGCAGAAGAGGGAGUUCUGGCAAGAUAAAACUGUAACAGAUUUACUUCUGAGCACUAUUUGUGAUUCUGGAUCUGGCCCAUCUCAAAUUAAACAGUUUACAGAAGUAAAAAGGGAGAAAGACAGGCCAAGAAAGCCCCUUUACACUCUUCCCCAGCGAAAGCUAGAGAAAUCACUAAGCCAGAGAAAAAUGUCAUCUUCAGAGUCCACUGAUAUUAAGAAUACUAUAUCAAGAAACAUCAAAACACUGAAACAAUGCAUUAGAGCACAAAAAGAAAAUCACCAAACUCUUUUACUAGACAUUCUCCCUCAAUGUCGAGAUCAGUUAGUGAUUGGCCAACAAGUGAAGAAGGAGCUUGACCCCAUGAAAAUAGGAGUAACGUUGGAAAGAGAAGUAUACCCUGGUCUAUCUUCCCAGAAGAGGGAUAUCGAUUACCCUAGGUUCGAUGCCCCAAGAGUUAAAAAACUUACAGGAUGUGAAUUCCUUGUUGCACAAAGAGUGAAGGAAGAAGACAUAGACAUGGUUGAACGUUCGGUUUCAAUUCCAUCGGGGAGACAAGUAUCAGAGAAAACCGAUGCUUCAUUAAGUUCAAAAGGACAGAAUAUAUUCCUUACAGAGUUGAAUGCUUCUCAACAGAAGACUUGCAAGGAGCAAGAAUUGCCAAAACAAGGAAGUGUUUCAAUGACAAAUCUGGGGUCUGUUGCCUACCCCAUUAUGGAAACUUCUCAUUUGGAAAACACAGGAAAGGUAGCUGAGGAAGAAAUGUACACCAGCAAAAAAAAUAUUUCACAUCUAUUGGGAAGAGAACAUAUAGAAGAAACUGAUAUCUUCCAAGGCUCAAAAGGACAGAAGUUUCUUUACACCAAUCUGGUGGCCCAGCAAAAUAUAUCUGCAGUGCAGAAAGGAGAGAUGGAGCCAGAUGACAUUCCUGAAAGUACUGUGGAUUCUGUAUCUUGCCCAAAUAGGGAUAAUCAUUUCCAGAUAACACAGGUGGUAGAUACAAGGAAGGAAGAUGUAAGCAUUCCUAUAAAUUUAUAUGUAAAUCCAUGGAGAAAAGAGCAAUCACAGGUAACUGAUAGUCCAUUGAGAUUAAAUGAAAAGAAAAUGAUUUUUUCUGGAAAACUGAAGGCGAAGCAACUACAUAGGUCUAACCAGAAUAAAGAAAAUAUUCUGGAAUCCAUUUCUUCAUGCAUAGUGCAUCGACUCCAUAAUAAUAAGAUAAAGAAAAAUGUCUCAGCGAAAGGAAGGAGUUCAAAAGUUUUGAGUUCAGUGGUAGAUGAAGCAUCAAAUAAAGCAGAUACUCCAGUAGACCAACCUCCGUGCUCAGAAGGAGUUCACUUGCACAACAGGAGAAGAAAAGAACCUCAAAAAGAAAGUACAUGCAAGGCUCUUCCAACAUCUGUUUCUUAUUCCUUGACAGAUGUCCUUCAGAUGAAAUUGCCAUGUGUAAAGGAAGCAUUAAAGGCUCCAAUGUACCACACUUCAAAUACAGAAGGAAUUGGCUUGCCUGUUGAGGGAAAAGAAGAAAAGCAACCAGAAUGUAUACACCAGAUUUCUCCAAAACCUGCUUCUCACUCUUUGAGGGACAUAUUUCAGAGCAAGAUGCCAUGUACAGAGAAGGCAUCAAAAGAAGUAGUUAGCACCAUGGAUUACAUUCCAAGUACAGAACAAAUUGGCUCGUUCAUUACAAGACAAGACAGCAAGGUGCGGAUAGGUAAAGGUAAACCAUGUAUGAAACUGACAGGCUUGUGUGCUUCCUUACCAUCUCUACCACAUACUGAUGUGAAUUCAAGAAUAAAAGUAGGGCAAGGUAAGUCUGGAAUACUAAAGAGCUGCCUUCUACCGUUAAAGUCCCAGGUAUCAUCAAGUGUCAGGAAAACACUAUUUGCAAAGUCAAUUAAUAGAGAUAGUUUAAGCCGUGUAAUAGAAUCAAAACAUUUGCCACAGGGAAAAAAGGAAGAUGGAGAAAAUAUAGUAUAUGUGAAAGACAUCAUGGGCCUCAAAUGUGUCACUUUUAAAGGAAAGAAAACACCUUUUAAAUAUAUACUGCAUGGAAAAGAGCCACAGUGGAAUAACAAAGAACAAGAGGAAACGAUGCAGAAAGAUAAAAGUGAUCUAGACAUGGUUCAGAAUAAACACCAUGCUUCCUUUCCUUCUUCACCGCACCUGGAACCGAUGCCUGGAAUAAAGGAGGUCCUCAUGCGAGGAAUCGCAGGAUUUUGUCUUCCAUCACUGACACUCAAGGAAUUAUCUGAUGCAAUGGGAGUACGUGAGGAGCCAACUGAUGAUAUUUUAAGCAGUAUAAAAAAAGCAAAAUAUAUGCCACGGAGAGAGAGAGUAGAAAUGGCUUUGGAAGAAAUAAUGCAACCCAAAAGAAUAGCUUUGAAAGUGAAACAGUCUCCAAUCACACAGGAAUUACAGUUGAACAUCAAAGAAAAUGAGAAAAACAUGCAGGAACAUAAAGAUAAUCAAGUUGGGAUUCGGAACACAUCUUGUAUUUCCGUCUCUUUUCCAUCUUACUCAGAAGUGGACAUAAGAAUAACAGGGGAAGAAACCAGGCUAAUAAAAAGAAGGUCCUCUUUUCUACAACCAGAACUCCAGGAGUCAUCAGAUAUAGAAAAAAUAGCAUACAAAGAGUCUGUUUAUGGUGAUAUCUCAAGUAACAUAAAUAAAGCCAAAGAGCAUAUAAUGCAGGAAGAAGAGGAGAGAGUAAAAAAGGAAGAAGUCAUACCUUUCAGGGAAAAGAAAUCACCAAUUUCACAGGAAACCCAGCUGGAUAUUGAAGAGCAAGAGACAAAGGUACAAAAAAUUAAAGAUGAGCCAAAUGUCCUUGUGAGCAAUACCAGCCCUUGCAUAAUUGCUCCUUCUCAUUUAAAGUUGGGUACAAGAAUUAAAACAGCAGACUCUCUAACUGAAGUUGCAAGAUACUGUAUUUCAGAACUAUCACACCAGAAAUCAUCAGAUGCAGUGAAAAAAGCAAAUAAAGAGUCCAUUGAUGACCAUGCCGCAAGUGAUGUACAAGAAGCAAAAGACUAUGUGCCACAGAAAGAAGAGAGUGAUGUAGAGAUAUCAGCUGAGAGAGACGUGAUGCAUCCAAAAGAUAAAGAUUUAAAAAGAAAGCAAGCACUUUCACAGGACAUACCACCGGAUCUUAAAGAGCAGGUGAACGUGGAUCCGGAAAGUGAAGAGCAGGGGAGAAUGGAGGGAGGAGGUGAAGGUGAACGGGAAGUGGUUCUGCCCACACACGGGGCUUCUGAAUCUUCUUUAAGUCACCAUGAAUUGGACACAAGAAUAGAAGGAGAGGAAGACAGCCAAGGAAUAACAAGACCUGCUGUUUCACAACUACUGUUACAGAAAUCAUUUGAGGCAGGGAAAACAGCAUAUACAAAGUCAACUGGGGAUGAUAUCUCAAAGGAUCUAAGAGUAGUGCAAGAGUAUGAGCCAGAGAAAGGAGAAGAUGGAAGGAAAAUAGUAAAUAUGAAAUAUCUAAUGUAUCCCAAUGGCACAACUUCCAAGGAAAAGGUAUUACCACUCCCACAUGUACUCUAUACCUCUGGGAGCUGUGGCUCCCAAACUGUAGAAGUACAGACAAAAAUGAAGGAAAAAUUAGGAAACCUACAGGAAAGAAGCAAACUAGAUAAGCUUCUGACAAGAACUUCUCUACUUCCAUUUAAGUUAAACAAAGGUAUAGGAGGCAAGGAAGAGAAAGAAGGAGUAACAAGACCCUCUCUUCCACCCUCAUGGCACAAGGAAUCAUCACAUGCCGAGGAAUUAAAAUAUACAGUACCAUCUUUGAAUGGCAUCGCAAGCAGUUCAAAAAGAACAGAAUACAUGACACAGACAGAAGAGGAGAAAGCAAAUACUUUUGAGGAAGACAUAACGCACCCCAGGUACAUAGCUUUGAGGGCAAAGAAAUCACCCCUUUUCCUUAUACUCAAAACAAAGAAACUGCAAGUCAACAUCAAAGAACAAGGGAAAGUGGGGCAAGAAGAUAACGAGGACACUGUUGUGCUUCUGAGCAGAAUUCAUCCUUUCAUCACUUCUUCAACUCAUCUUAAGUGGGACACAAUAAAAGAUGAGGAGGGUGAGCCAGGAAUAAUAAGAAAUGAUGUGCCACAUCUUGAGCUCCAAGAAUCAUUGCCUUCAGGGCAAGUGGCACCUACAGAGUCAUCUGAUAGCCAUGUGAUAAAAGAAGAACAACACCCACGACAGGAAGAAAGGAACAGAGUACAAACAGAAGCCACAGAUGGCUCAAUGCGGCCCAGUGGCACAGAUUGUAAGGCAAAGAUAUCACCACCUCCUCCUGUGUUCAGGGUUACUGAGCACAGUGCUUUGAACAACAGAAAGGAACCACAGUGGAGCAUGAUGGAGAAAGUAGAACAAGAGCAGCAAAGAACAGGUGACCCUGAUGUGGCUCGGACAAAAACUCCUCCUUCCACACCUUCCCCACCUCACCACAGUUUGGACACAAGAACCAAAGAAAACAAGGACUCGCUUGCAAUGAUAGGAUGCUCUCCUUCACAAUUGCUGUGCCCUGAGUCAUCAGAUGCAGGAAAAACCAGACAUGCAGAUUCCAAUGAGGGCAUUGGCUCAUUCGAUGUAACAAUAAAAAUUAAUCAGCCUAUGCCAUAUACAAAGGUAAAGAACAGAGUAAAAAUAAAAGAUGGGGAAGGUAGAAGAUUCCCAAAAAUAAUCACUUUGAGAGCAGAGAUAGCCUCACCUCUACAUCUAUCCAGUAGAAAGAGACUACCUUUGUAUAUUAAAGAGCAAGGGAAAGAAGUGCAAGAAGGCAAAAGUGAACCAGAAAUGGUUCUGAAGGAAGCCUGUGCCUCCUUGCCUUCUCCAUCUUGCCUGAAAUGGGACGGGCAAAUGAAUGAAAAGGAAGACACAUUAGAAAAAACACACUUCACUUUUCCACCAUCAAAGAUUCAGGAUCCAUCCAAUUCAGGCAAAGAAGCAUAUACUAAGUCAUUUUAUGGUGAGUUAAAAGAGAAGGAUAGACUCAAAAUAGAUAUUGAAGACAAAAUGGUCCCAAGAUGUAUGGCUCUGAAGGCAAAGGAAGUACCCCUUUCACAUAUACUAGAUACCAAAAAAUUGCAGUGGAAAAUGAAAGAGCAAGAGAGAAAGAUGCAGAAAAAGAAAAAUGACCUCGUUGAAAAUCUGGGAAACAUCUGUACUUCUUUACUGACUCUACCAUAUCUUAACUUUGGCAAAACAGGAGAGGGGUACAUGGUAAGAAUUACAAAUGUGCCUCUCCCACAACUACAGUCCAAGGAAUCACUAGAUGCAGUGAAAACAGCAUAUGCAGAAACAACUGAUGGAGAACUUUCAAAUGAUGUAAAAGAAUUAAAAGAACACACGUUACAGAAAGAAGUGAGAGAUGGAGAGAAAAACGUGGAGAUGAAUAGUACAGUGGCUCCCAGUGAUAGGCAUUUAAAAGAAAAGAGAUCACCUAUUUUACUUAGAUACAAUCUAAGUGACCAUCCGUGGAAAACUAAAGACCAAGAGGGAAUGGCUCAGGAAGGUCAGCGUGAGCCAGCUGGUACAAUACCAACUAAGACUUGUACUUGUACUUGUAGAUCUUCCCUACUUCACCUUUACAAGAAUCCCAGAUGUGAGAAAAAGAGAAUGGCCAUAUUAACAAGAUCCUCUCUUUCCCCAGUCAACUUCCAGGAAUCAUCAGAUUCUGAAGAUGUGGAAAGUGUAGAGCCAACUGCUAGAGAUAUUUUAAUCAGUCCACAAAAAGGAAAAGAUCAGAUGCCCCAGAACAAGGAGGGGGGUGAAGUAGAAACAGUAAACCUCGUGUUCCCCAAACAUCAAGAAAAGAAGAUACAAGGAAGUAAAGAUGAACCAGGUGUGGUUCUGGCCAACACUUCCUCUCCAUCUUCGUCUCUCCCUCUCCUCCAAUUGGAUAAAGAAAUACAGGUAGAUGAUGAAAUGUUAGUAGCUACAAGGUCUGUUGUGCAGAGAGUAUCAAAUGCCAGAGAAAUAGUACAUACAGAAGCAAUCGGUGGUGAUGUCUUGCAAGAUAGUCAAAAUGCAAAACAAUGUAUGCCUCAGGAAGAGGAGAAGGACAGAGAAAAAACAAAUAUGAAAAGUAUGGCGCAUAUCACAGAUAUAAUCUUGAAGUCAAAGAAAUCACCUCCUUCACGUAUGCUCCAUAGAACAGAAUUGCAUCUAAUCAUUGGAGGGCAAGAACCAAAGAAACAUGAUGGUCAAGGUAAACCACCCUGUACAGUGCUCAGAAAAAUUUAUGUUUCCAAACAUUCAGCUAACCCUACAUUAGAUAAAGGUACACAAGUAAAUGAAAAAAUGCUUGGAAUUAGAAGGCCCUCUCUACUUCCAUGCAUGCUUUCAGCAUUAUUAGGUGCAGGGGCAAUUCAUGAUGUAAGAGAAAGAAAACAACAUAUGUCACAGAAAGAAAAAAAGUAUGAAGUGAAAACAGUUGAUAUGAGGAUUAGGAUGCAUUGCAAAGAGGCCAGGAUUUCAUCAAUUUCCCAUAUCUUUAACACAAAGGAAUUUGUGUUGAAUAUUAAAGAACAAAAGGAAAAUAUGUGCAAAGGUGAAGAUGAGCUACCUAUAGUUCUGACAAGGACUUUUCUUUCCAUCCCAUCAGCACCUGCCCUUUAUCUAGACUCAGGGAACAAAAUAGACAAAGAUGUACCAGGAGCUACAGGAUCCUCUCCUUUCCAGCAAAAUCUCCAGGAAUCAUCAGAUACCCAGAAAACAGCAAUUACAGAGCUAGUUGCUGGUGAUAGUGAAAUCGUUGUGAAGAAAGUCAAACACUCUGUGCCACAAGAAGAGACAGUGCAACAGUGGACAUCCAACUUCAUGGUCAGUGUACAGCGAAGGAAUGAACCUCCACGAGUCAAAUCUGAAGGAGACUUGAGUCUGUUAGUUUUAAAUUCACAGCAUGAGGACAUUUAUUUAACAGGAUUUGGUACCAUAAGUGGGAAAAGGCUGGGAUAUUUCUUUACAGGGCAAGAGGCUCGACCAGAAAAAUACAAAACAGAAACUUUUACUACGUUUCUUUCCUACCCCACAAUGGAUCCAGCUAAGAUGGCCAACCUGAAGAAAGAAACUGAAAUAAUGGAUGAUUUAAACCAUAAAAGGAGUCCUAAGAGUUUAGUUUCACCACCAAGGAAAAUAUCCAAGGAAAUAUAUGUCACAUUUGGUACCCCUGUACAUGCAAAAGGAUUUUCUGUUUCAGAGCAAGAUGCCCCCCAACAAAAAACGUUAUCCAAGGCAUCUCCAGGAUCUGGAAAUUCAUACACAUCUGAUAAGCCAGAGAAAGAGGUACAAAAUCAUGAUAAAAUGAGCAAAAUGCCCUCUUCCAAAGCAUUAGCCCUACAGACAAAGGGAUCGCUUGAGAAAAUGAAUAUCACAGAGUCAGAUACUCUCCCAAUUAUAAAAGAACAAGAGAUUGUUGUGAAAAAGCAAGUGGUGUUACAGUCUGAAAGGGGACAUGAGACCUGCCUGGAUUCCAGCCUUUCUCUUAAACUCCCACUUAAAGAUGGAAGGCAGAAGACACAAUUGGAAACAGAUGUAUGCACGCAAACUAUGGUGUACCCCAGAAUACAAAUACUACCAGGAACACAUGUGGAUAUUACAGUGUUUGAUACCCUCGGAGGGAAAAAAGAGCAGGCAUUGCUGGUGCCAGAACAAAAGGAAUGCAUUCUAGAAUCAUGUCAGAAGGCUCUUCCCUCCCAUUGGACUUUUCCAGCUCAAUCUGAAGAUCUGGAAGGAAAAAAUAAAAUGGACACCAGUACUAUUAUAAAUCUGGAGCAAAAAACAUUAGAACUGGAAGAAGGGGAAUUCAAAAUAGACACAAACAUAGCUAUCUGUCUGGAAAAGGACAAAACAGAAAUGCACAAACACAUCAUUGUCAGUCUAGAGGAGAACUUAAAAAGGGACACAAAUAAUGUUGUAAAUGGGAACACUCCAUCUCCAAAGGCAGAGGAGUCUCAAAUUAACACUCAGGUGAUCACUCGUAUAGGAAACAGCUGCCCAAUCAAGCAAAAACAUAAAAAGGACCUAGAAGUCCCUGGUGCAAAACAAAAUAUUCAGGCACAAAAAAUGUUUCAAAAACAUAUUCUGGAUUCAUUUUAUGCCUACAUUCCUCUUUCUCUCAAGUUUGAAGGCCGGAAAGGCAGAUUAACAAUAGCAGAUUUGAAGAGAGAACUGAGCCCCAAAUAUUUAACUAUGAAAAUCCAAAAUCACCCAAUUUCACAGAUUCUUAAUAACACAGGACGUGGUAUUCCAAGCAAUAGAAAGAAAUUAGAGUAUGACUUCAGCGGACCAAAGAAAACAGUUUUGUGGCGUGAAGAUACUUCAGGAAUAUGUAUCAGAAGUCUUUCUAUUUCCACGGUGAAUUCAUCUCAGACUGAAGAAACAGCAGAAUCUGAGACAAACCUAGAAAGAGAAAAGAUACUCUGUCUUUCUGAAUUCCAACAGAAAUCACCAAGCACUAGUGACAUUAAGAGGAAUAGCUCAAGCAUUGUAAAAGAAGGGUGUCCUCCCUUCCCCCCACUGUCAAAAUCAGAAACAAACCUCAGCCGUGAAGCAAAGGAAAACAUUUUGAUUCCACAAACAAAAGAAGAAAACGUUGUUCCAGGGCCUGAUAGCUCAAGGUUCAUAAAGGAACCCUACUUGCUUAUGACUGAGGAAGAAGAAAAGGCACCAAAACCCAUUCUGACGUCCACAGAGUGUCCACUCAUGUCUGAUGAUCCAAAGGACAGUGUAGAAACCCACAUGGAAAGUACCCUAAGCAUGAAUAUUUCCCCCCCAGGAGCAGAAGAAACACAACAUGGGGCUGAGCUACUCGAUAUCAUGGGGUGUGCCUCGCCACCAAAACAGGGGGAUCAGAAUGAACCUAUCCAGGACACGACGACACCAAAGGUCCAGCAACAAAAAGCUUUUCCAGGAAGUGGGCCUGUACCAUCCCAAGUUAAAAGUAAUGAAAUAAAAGUAGUGGCAGAAAGGACAAGUGCUGAAAGUUUACUUCCUCUUUAUGAAGCAGUUAAAAAUAUCUUGGAAUCCCAGAUAAAAAACACGAUUCAGGACGAAAUUUGUGAGGAUAUACUGGAAAAAAUAAAAGCUCAUAAGCCUGAUGCUUGGAAGUCACCAUCUUUUGCAGGAAGUUCAGAUACAACAUCCACAACAAAACCUCCCAAAUUGCAGCCAAAACUCAUUUUGGAACGUCUUCUUCCCAAAGAAAACAAUAAGCUCACUAAUCAUUUAGAGUCAAAAGCGUUUGAAAUAAAACUGAAUCUGAUACCAGAGAUAGCAAAAAAAUCUUUCCACAACUUCAACUUUUAUCUAAAACAGUCUAUUUCAGAACAUAACAGUUGGAGGCUAUAUCCAAGACAUAAAAAAAUGUGCUUUUUGUCUCUAGAAGGGAUUGAUGCUACAGAACCUAAUUUAAAUCAGAAAUACCCCAAGGAUUCACCUCCUGUCCGCUGUAUGAAGACAUUGAUUGUCAAUGUUUCAAGUGACGGCAAAGAGAUCAUUGCAAACCGAAAGAGUAUUAGAAAGCUAGAAAGUGGAGCAUCUUCAGCGACUUCUGCUAAUGAGAUGCCAUUGACUCCUAUUCUUCCAAACUACUCAGCAGAAGAAAAAGACAAACUUUUCGUACACUUUUCUAUAAAAACAUUAGAGAUUCAAAUGACAGCCUUUCCCAGAAUUGUAAGAGAAUCCUACACAAUGACCAAUGCUCAGAAUACAAAGAAACCUUUAUCUAAAUUUGUUAAUUCUGGUACCAAAGUACCAAAACGAAAAAACAAAAUUUUGUUACUUUUCGAGGAAAAAUCUCCUCAUCAAAUAGAUCUUGAUUUGCAAUACAAAUACCUUCAUUUUCUCCUGGGGCUUCCAGUCAAAAGUAUGUUCCCUAAACCAAAUGCACUUCCCAAACAUAUCCUGAAGUUAAACACAGUUGCAGUUUGUAAAAAUAGAGAUUACAGGGGAGAAAGCGGUGGUGGUCUUUGCAUUGACACAGAACCGUUAGUACAGCACAUCUCUUCCAAAAAGCAAAGUCCCCAUGAAAACUCAUCAUUGAUGAAAAAAUCCCUCAAGCCAACCCAUGUGUGCGCUUCUAACGCUGAUCAACAGGCCACAGCUCAGAAAGAUAGUACAGUUCUUUCAGAGUUAAAGUCUCAUGUGACUCCAGAAAAAGAUAAACAAUGUCAUGGGUGGUUUCAAGAAACAAAUACGUAUAAAUAUUUUGAUCCAAAGACUCAGGAAAGUGCUCCCCAUUUAGUUGAUUCCCAUUCAAUUCCGAUUUCUGAAGAUUCUGCUGAGAGUCAGACAAAUAUUGAGAGUCUAGCCAACUUGGAGGCAUGCUCAGUUCUUGAAGUAUAUGGGAGCAAAGAAUGUAUGUUCUUAGAAGCAAACCCAUAUUUAAGUCAGGAAUCCCAAAACAUUCUGUUUGAAUUACAGAAAGGCAUUCCUUUGGAAAAUCUCUACAAGAUGAGAAAAAGCAAAACUAAUUUGAAACCAUUUUACAGGGAAUAUUCAGGUUCCCAUCAUGGUGUCAGAGGCUGUAGAAAACAUUCCUCAAUUGUGACACCUUCUUAUGAAUCCCACAAAAGCAGGAAAUACGGGUCAUCUGACACAACGCCAUUUCCUGACUGGUUGUGCUAUGGUUCAUUAAAUACUGUAGACGUUCCAUCUAGCUCAUCUUCUGUUCCAUUCAGUGAAGGGAAGUCUUCAUGGUCUGCAGGGCACAGAACCACCUACUCUUUAGCUCCCUUAACGGAAUCAAAUAUCAAAUUACAUCUUGCAAAAAGCCAAGGCAAACCUUACAGUCAUCUUGAAAGCAAAGAAAGAAAGAAGGCAAAGUUGGAUUUAUUUCGAAAGAACAACCUUCAUUGGGAGUGUGAUUACAGUUAUACACAGAAUAAAGAGAAAUGCACAAGGAAGAAAAAAGUAUGUAAUUAUGAGUCAGAAAGAUUGAAUCAUUACGCAAGCAAACCUAAGUUACCAUCAAAGCCUCAUCAAGAGGAUGUCUACUUCCAUUCUGAAAGCAAACAAAACCAGCCGUUUUUUUAUGCCUGUAUACCAGCAGAUUCGCUGGAGAUUAUGCCUCAAACCAUUCGCUGGACUAUUCCAAGAACUUUAAAGAAGACAAACUUCAGAGUUCCUCUGGUGGCAAAGAUUUCAAGUUCGUGCAAUAUAUGGACUUCAUCCAAAAAGCUCUUGGGGUCUCUCUUGGAGUCCUUCAGUCCGGUUCAUCCAAAUGUAUGUAACCAUAUCUAGAUUCAUCUGAAGUGGAAAGCUGGUUGUUAUUGUGGUGUUCUGUGAAAAAUAAAAUCAGAUAAAGUCAAA